GUUUAGGUGUUUUGUCCUGACGACUAUUUGUUAAUUUAAUAAAAUUUUAAAAGAUCCAUUGUUACGUUCCUAGUAAUUUACAAAAUUCCCAAAGAUCGAUAUCCAUAAACUCCCACAACCCUCUGGCAACACUAUUGCCAUUGAAAGACCGUCAAUUGGGGGGUGAACGUUAAAAAACUAGUAAGUUGAUCGUGUAUCGUGUGUAAAGUCGAGCAAUUCGUCUUCUUACUAUUGUGUGCUAGAGUCCGGGAUCUUUCCAUCGGAAAAAACAAACAUUGCCGCGUUGAAACUCACCAAAAGAACAAUACGUCGUGAAAGAGUGCCGAACGAAUGGAAAACAAAAUACUUUAAAACAAUCAAAAGAAAUGUAUAACAAAAGAAAAGAAAAAUAAAUACACUUGUCCCCCGCACACUCCAUGAAAAUAAUUGUACAAAAGCUUUGAUGUGUUUGCUCGCUCGCUCGUAAACUUACAUAACCCAAACAUAGCACGCGUUGCCACCUUACACCUGUGCUACCUAGCUAUCUGGCUGGCCAGUUGGGCUGGUUGACAAGUGACAGUAGCCAGAAAGAGAGAAUCGAGAAUCCAUUCAUUCAUUCAUUUGUUCACGGCUCGAUAAUUUUUUUUAGUGAUAUGGUAAUGCUCAAAUGCCCAUGGCAGUUCAAAUUGACUAUCGUCGUUUAAUGUUCGUCCCGUACGUUCGUUCAUUCUCCUCUUGAAGGGGAAUGUCAAAGUUAUUUACUUCUGAUCGUGCCGUGUUGUUCAUCAAAUCGUCAUCUUUUAAUUUUACGUUUUAUUUUCUCUGUUCGAAUGGGAUUUUUUCAACACUUGCUUGCUGGUAUUUUUGGCUGUUUUUAUUCUUCUUGGAAACUCAAAUUGUUGGUGGUGUGUGGAAUAAAUAUAAAGUAAAGGAAUUUUACUGCCGUCACAAUAAGAAUUAUAACAACAACAAAAGGCGUAAAUUACAUACAGCACAUAACCACCAGAGAGUGGAAAGUGAGAGAAACAGAGGCGAAAGAUAAUAUGGUGCAAUAAAUGUUUUCUUUUUAACAAGCAAAAAUAUAAGAAUCACCAACUUGGCCCGUCUGGUCGUCCGUCGUGGUCGCCGACAUGGUUUUAGUGAUCGUUGCCGCCACCAUUGUCGUCUCCUGUUCGUCGUAUACACAAAAUAAAUAAAAGAAAAAUAAUAUGUUUGCGUCGAAGGUAGUGGUGGUCGUCGACGUAUAGUUAAAAGAAUUUUAUAUAUAAUCAACAAAAAAGGAAUAUCUUUAAACAAAACAAAAAGAAAACUAACUAAAAGUAUUAAAAGUUCCUCUGGCAAAAUACAGAGAGAGAGAGAGAGAGAGCGCAACAAAGUGAGUGUGAGUGCAAGAUAGCGAUUGCGAGUACGAGUCAACCAACCCACCACCCCCACCAACUUCAAUUGUUAUAAAGCCCUUUUUAAAUAACAGCAAACACACGUACACUCGCUCAUACAAACUAGUUCGAACGCACGCACACUCAUCAUUGCCAAAAAGCAACAACUGGAAAAAUGGCUGAAUCAGGGAUCGAUUUGGAUUUCGACUUCGAAAUCGACUAUCAAUGUCUAAUGGAUGAAGACAAGCUGGAAGAUGUAUUGCCAGCGGUCAAGGUUUCCGGACCUCAUUCUGAUGAGGUGGAAUUCUAUGAAUUGAAAUCUGCAACGCAAUCCAUACGACCCGAUAGUAUUCCGACCUUUAAAACUGUCAAUCCCACCUCAAGGACACAGCUAAAAUUGCAAUUGCAACGUGAGCAGCAACAGGAAAUGGAACGCUUGGAAGCCGAAAAACGGGAAGCUGAGGCUUUAGAAAUGCAGCGACAACAAAUGCAACAACAACGUCAGCAGCAGCAACAACAACAGCAGCAAAUAUACAAUAUACAACAAAGUAGUUCCCCACAAAUUGUGGCUAACAGUAAUGGCAGCAACGGCAAUCGCAACCGCUUCGACAGUCACAAUUCCAACAAUAGUUUUAAUACCACACCACAAUCCUCCAGUCCAAUGACAUUAAAGGUACCUCUACAAAAUAUCGAGGUGGAUGUUCCUCAACAGGUGCUGCAGGUGCGCACAGUACUUGAGAAUCCCACGCGUUACCAUGUGAUACAAAAACAAAAGAAUCAGGUCCGUCAGUAUUUAAGUGAAUCCUUUAAACAGUCCGAAUGGAGUGGUCAACUGUUUCAGAACAAACACACGGGUGCCUCAGCUUCGGCGGGAAAUCUUAAACUAAUUGGUGGCAAUAACAAUCAACAGGAUCGUUCUAGCAGUUAUACCGGUGGCGGAGGUAUGGUCAACAACAGCAACAAUGAAAACAAUGCCUCACCUCGGCAUGUGCGCAUAACACCAGCUGGAUCUAACACUCCCAACAGCUCAUCCAUGAUGGAUGAUGCCAUUACCCUGUCACCCUUUAGUGUCGGUAGCAACGGCAACAAUUACUACAAUAACAGCAACAACAAUAAUAACCUCAAUUCAGUUACUGAAUUACAAAACUCCAAAGUAAAUGGUAAAAAAUCCAACUCCCUACAAAGCCGCUCAAAUCCAAACAACUUGGUAACCCUUAUGCGUAAUACAAAUCUCUUAGCCACCACCAAUGGUUCGGGUCCGGGCAGUAUUACCAGUCCCCUACACUCAACACCCAUGUCACCUGGGCUUAGCUCAGUGGCCACAAGCAACUCGGAAAUACCAUCGUUUGAAAGUGAUGCAGAUUUGGAUUUCGAUGAGAUUCUGCAUGGUUGUGAUUCGCGCAAUCUCAACGACACCAUGAAAAUGGAUGAGGGUAAUAACAGUGCGGCCACAACGCCCAGUGGCAGCUACCCAACCGAGAUUCAAGUCAAACAAGAACCCAAUUCAUUUAAUGAAGUCGAGGCCAGUGCCUUGGCCAAGGAUCGCCAAAAGAAAGACAAUCACAAUAUGAUCGAACGACGUCGUCGUUUUAACAUAAAUGAUCGGAUCAAGGAGCUGGGCACGUUGCUACCGAAAACCAAUGACCCCUACUAUGAGGUUGUCAGAGAUAUACGGCCCAACAAAGGUACCAUAUUGAAAAGUUCUGUGGACUAUAUUAAAUGUCUGAAACAUGAAGUGGCCCGUUUGAAGCAGAAUGAGUAUCGUUUUCGUCAAACCGAAGCGCAGAAUCGUCGAUUGCUCAACCGCAUUAAGGAAUUGGAAAUGCAGGCCAAAUCACACGGCUUGCCUUUGAGUGAUUUCAAUGUGACCUCAGUAUCAGCUCCCACCAAUAGUGCCUCAUAUUUAAAGUGUCCUAGUCCCACGUCGGCGACAGCCACAGCGAUAGCAGCCUCUUCAUUGAAUCAUCAUUCGACACCGUUGAUAAAUGAAGCCACAGCCCCAACAACAAAUGCGGAUACAAAACCACCACCGAACCUACUAAAUGGUGGCAACAGCAACAACACUAAAAACAGUCUCAGUAUUAAUACCACCAACGAUGAUAUGAUGGAGGAUAGUAAACCUGUGAUAAUGCAAGGUGAUGAUCCGAUGUUUUCGGCGCAAAAUGGUGUGCAGUUAAUGUCCUCAGCUCCUCAUUCCCCCAACACCAACUGCAACAACAACAAUAACAGUUUGGCGAGUAGUCUACAUGGCUUUGGCUCAUCGAAUGGUAAUGAUUGCGGUCACCACAAUUUGUCCAUUGAUGAUUUAUAUGUUUGUGGUGGCGGUGGUGUUGGUUCCUCAAUGCCCUCGCCCUCUGGUGGUGUUCACAAUAACAACGGCUCAUGUGGCUAUACAAACUCUCCAAGCUGUUGCGGGACCAAUGAAAAUGGCAGCUCUCUUAUGUUAAAUAACAGUUGCUGUAAUUUAAUUGGCAGUUGUAACUGUUCCCAUAAUCAUUUGCAUCUUGGGCAACAUCACCAGCACAACCAACACAAUCAUCAUCAGAAUAGUUCCAGUCUUUUACAAUGUCCUCCAAGUCCCAGCAAUGGCAGUACGGGCAGCAGUCCAAAUUUUGGUUUAUUAUCGGUGGGUGAAGGUGGCCAUUUGCAUUAUCACCACCAUCAUCAUCAUAGCGACAGUUAUCCAACAUCGCCUUCCUCCCUACAACAUGGUCGUGAUCCCUUACUAUCGUCAUCACAUCAACACACCCUGGACGGACAAAGUCAUUUAGAUACUUUGGACCCAACGCAACAUCAUCAUCACAACGAUUUGCAUCAUAUGCGUGAUGACAACGAUGAUCCUACGCAUCCUCAUCAUCAUUCUGUAGAUCUCUCACAUGCCAUUAUGGGCGAUCAAUUGGGCAUGGUUACAUCGGGUCCCAAUGAAUCGUUAUUGUUAUCACCGGAUACGUUGGAUAUUGAUAUGCCUUGACGGUAACAGGUAGCUAGCUGCUGUAAUGUCACAAAAACUUCCAACUAUAUUAACAAAAAAACGAGAGGAAAAGUUAGCGCUGCUCAAAUAUGCAUCAUUUUGGAUGGUUAAAAAAAGUAGUUAAACUGUAGCUCAAAACGUAAUAAAAAUAAGUUAUGUAUAGUAGUUUAUAUGUGUGAGUGUUUUUGACACCACGACCAUCCAUAAUUUUUAACUUUUUUACAGGCGGGGGGAUGUAUUUGAAUUUUAGUUUAGCUGUUGAAAUGUGAUACUAAUUUGUUAUGUUUUUAUUUUGUUUGUUUGUUAUAGGUGAAUUUUGUUAUUUGUGUAGAUACACGCAAUGUCCGAAUACGAACUCUCGAAUCAAUGCAAAUUUUUCUAAAUCGAUUUCUUGUUAGAUGUUUGAAGUUGAAGUAUGAACUUUUCAAUGGAUGUUGUAAGGGUAACUAGUGUGUCAGGCACGCGAAAGUUCCACUUUGAAAAAAGGAUUGCUAUCUUAAGAUCGUUAAAGUUUAAAUUAGGAUAAUUGCCUGGUUGACAUGGUCCCGAGUGGAUGAUCGAAAAUGUACAAAAAAGAACUCAUUCCAGGUUGGAAAUGUCUUAUAAAAAUACAUUCUUGUAACCUUAAACGAGAUUUUUUAAAUUUUGUCUUGAUGAGUGCUAUCUAAAUCUAACUUAUUUUCUAGAUUAUGUUGUGGUUCUUCAAUCGAAAUCAGAAGUUAAAAUGUAGAAUAAUAGCAAAACAAAAUAAGUUCCAGUUCGGUAUCGGAGUAAGGGAAGUGAUAAUUCAGCGGAAAAGUAGGCGCUUUCCAUUGUUUCUUUUUAAACAACAACAAUUUAAAGGUAAUCAUUGUAUGUUCUAA